AUGAAAAGUUUAUUGCAAUAUCAAAAACGAGGAUUCAGCUUUACCUAUCCCUGUCCCCGUAAGCUAAGAGAGAUAGUGAAGAUAUCUUUGUUUGAAAAGGAGACACCCGAGGUGAUCUCUGAGAUUUGGGAUGACUACCAUAAUACAAAGGCACACGCUAUCUCCAAAGUCAUUCCUCAAUCACUUUACCUUAGACUGCUGUCAAAUGGACAAACUUCCCCUAUGUUUAUAUUUCCAGUGCCAAAAGAUGCAGGAUACUUUAUGCUUCUCUCUUAAAACCAACAGAAAUCAUUUAUAUUCACAUAUUUGGAGGACUUUAAGAAGAACCCACUCACAGCCAAUCCAUACCUAGUCUUGACAUGCUUUGAUGAACUAGUCAGAACUAAGGGAGUCGCCUUGAUUAGAGGAGAUGUGAUUGGCCAGCUAAACAAGAAUGAGGCAAAGACAGUGCUGGAGAAGCUAUUAAACAGCUACUUGAUUGACUCUUAGUUUGAGACUAUAAAGCAAUUCAAUCACUAACCCUAGUAGUUCAACUAUGAAAAUUAUACCCAAGAGUCUCUAUAAGACUUUAGAAGAAUUUAUGAUGAGGUCAAGAAUACCAUUCCAAAACAAAAAGAUGUUGGAGUCCACAGAAAAUAGACUUGGUAUCUGUGA